AUGUUCAGCUAUGGAAAGGGGGCGACCAGGCCGACCCGCCGGCAGGGCCUCCGUCUGGUGUUGCGCGACAUUUGUGAGUUCAGCAGCAUUCACGGCCUUCGAUACACCUUGACGGGCGCUGUCACACCAAGGGUCAUUUGGUCGUUGGCAGUCAUGUCAUCGGCCACCGCCAUGGCCAUCUUCUCGGGGUUCCUGUGGCCACAGUUCACAGAGGGGAAGACGGAGGUCCGCUUGGUGUCGACGCGCGUGCUGCUGGACCAGCGGCCCUUCCCAGCAGUUGCCAUCUGCCCCGAAGCCCCAGUCAGGAAGGACGUCGUCCGGGAUGCUCUAGUGCGGUAG